UUAAUGAGAAAGCUUGUUAGAUACUGAAGAGAAAAUUUGAUUUUAAGAUUCUUGAAAGGAGGUCGUGGUGACAAAAAUAAGGGCAUGUCCUCUUUUCGCCAGACAUCCGAUAACCCUCACCUUGCCUGACCUUGAAAGUGCUAAGCAAGAUCCAAUAACAGCAUUUAGGAUUUGGAUGGGAAACCAUCAGAUGCCAAAGCUGUUCACUAGAUUGAGAAGUAAAAAGCUUUUUAAUCAUCACUAUGAGAUGCUGUAUAAAUAGUUUUAAGUCAAUCAAUCUUCAGGAGUAAAGUCUGAUUUGAGGACACCUUUGUAUUUUUAUGGUGCUUUUAGUUUUUUUUUAAUAUUACUAUUCAGGAAUAACUUUUCAAAGCAAUAAGUCUAGCAGUGACAUUUGAAAACAAUGAUAAAUUUUCUUAAUUUCUUUCAAGAAAAUGACAUGAUACAAAUCUAAUUAUUAUUAUGCAUCAUCAUUUCCCUUACUUAACUUUGAAAAGAAAGGGAAAUAUCUGAUAUUCUAGAAGUAUUUUACACUAAUUUUGGUAAAAUCUUAAACCGGGAUCAUCACUAUUGAUUUGUUUGGAUUCAAGAAGUUCAUGUAUUUAAUAUGAUUCCCACCCACUGCAGUUUCCAUGAGAUAGCAUAUAAAUCUUGCAAUGUGUGAUAAUAUUAUUUUGAUUUUAAUGAUGAGAUGAUGAUGAUGAUGAUGAUGAUGAUAACAGAAGUAUUCAUUUUGUGUUUGAAUCCAAAGCCUACAUGGUCCUAAUUUGGUUUGAGAAAGUAUUUGAUUCUCAUUCUCAUUACUUAUUUAUUCCAGGUAAUCCAGAAACCUGUACAUCAUGUAUCCAUAAUUAUUAUAUGUACAAUCAGCAGUGUUAUAGAACAUGUCCUCAAACUACUGUCCCAGAUGACAAUUCUCCCAUAUGCAUUGAGUGUCAACCCAAUUGUCAAAGCUGUGACAGAUAUCAAUGUUAUUGGUGUGAAGAAGGUUUUUUCCUUCUAGGUGGGACAUGUGUGAGAGAUUGUGGAGCUGGCUUUUACAAAGACAAAAUUACAGAAGAGUGUGAACCAUGCUACAGGACAUGCAAAACAUGCAUAGGGGUCAACUACAAUGACUGUACAAGCUGCCAAGGAAAUUUACAGCUGCUGCAUGGGAAGUGUGUAAAUCCCCAACACAAGGGAAAGCAUGGGAAAUUUUGGAACGAGAAGCUGAAGCUGCACUCCUCAGACGAUUUGGGCUCCGCAUUCCUGAAGGGCCGCUUCUUCCCUUAUGUCCUGUCGCGAUCCUUGCGGUCGGCUGAGAUCGAUCCCUUCUCGGUGUCCUCCAGGCAUCAAAUUGAGAUGGAAAGAACACUUAAAGAGGCAUUCUUGGAGAAUGCCCAGGUGCUGCCGAAGGCUUUUCCCUUCAAGGCUCACCAAAAUCCAAGCCUGAGCGUUAUCCGGAAGCGAU